UAGUGUCAGUCUGUUAGACGUUUUUUUAAGGAGGAGAAGCCCACGUGAGUCAAAGACUGUCUUCUCCCAAAGUGAUUAGAAGUACAUCGGAAAUAAAACCUCUAUAGAAGAUCUAUAGAAGAGAUAUAAAAUCUCUGUUUCUCUCUCCUCAGCAGCUUUUGCAGAGUAUAUUAUUAUUCUGUUCUUGACUUCUUUGCGGCUGCUGGGAUUUCAUAAACCCAAUCGAAAAUAGCCCCCCUUCUGUUUUUUCAAACGGGGGAGACAAAACCACAGAGAUUGGAUGAUGUCCUGCAAGCCGGGUCAGAUCCAAUGGUACCUUCCGGAGGAAUUGAUCUUCGUCAUCCUCCUAUGGCUUCCAGCGAAAUCUCUGAUGCGGUUCAAAGCUGUUUGUAAAGCGUGGUAUGCCCUGAUUCGCGACCCAUCUUUUGCCCAAACCCAUUACGCCAAUUCUCAAACCCGGCCCUGUGCCUCGCAUCUCUUGUUUCAUAUCACCAACAAAAUUUUAGACCCCGGAUCCAUCCAUCCCGCGAGCCCUAAUGGAGCUUUUUCGAAUCAGCUGCCUGUACACAGGUUUGAUGCGAAGGGAGGAGCACCGUUGACCAGCAUAGUCAACGGCCUAAUCUGUUUAUGGCGCCGUGACGGGUAUCGGCUUGACCUCCUCAAUCUGACGACUGGCGAAAAAAUUGCUCUUCCCGAUCCUCCCGAUCCUUCACGUGCUUUUAGAUUUAAAUUUCUUCCGUCCUUUCAAUUAGGAUUUGAUCCAAUCCACAAUCAAUAUAAAGUGUUUUAUUGUUCUUCGAUGGAAAGAAACCCUUUUGUCCUCACUCUGAGUAGCAAUAUGUCGUGGAGGAAAGUUGAAGAUGUCCCCCUGGCAAAGUUUUCUCUAUCUAUGAAUAAAUACGGAAGCAGGAAUGUAUGUGUGGAUGGUUCAAUAUUUUGGUCUUUUGAACGGUUGAUUGUGGAUGGUCAGAGGGUAGUGCAGUAUUUUGAUCUUGCGGAUGAGAAGUUUAAGCUACUUUCGAUUCAUGAUCAAUUUGGUGACGGAAAAUUCGAUUCCGAGUUUAUCACAAACAUUGGCGGCAAGUUUACUAUGGCGGGAUUAGUCAAGAGAUUUGGUGGUAAUGUUGAGAAUCAUCAUAAUCAUGAAUCCGUUGGCAAAAUAACACUGUGGAGACUAAUCAAUAAGAAUGAUCAGGUUUGGGUCAAAUCUGAAAUUGAGCUUCCGGAAGAAAUGGUUUCCUUCAGACACUUUAACAUUGUUGGCACAACAAACACAGGGAAGGUCUUAAUAAAAGCAUACCCAUGUUUGCCCAGAGAUUUAAGAAAAUGGGCUUGGGGUGUUUUGCUUUUCUGUGAUUUGAGAAAUAGGGGAAACUAUGAAACUAGAAAACUGCGGUUUGAGGAGAUUGAUUACUCUGCCAAGAUACCUCCUUGGCCAAUUGGUCUCAAUGUUAGUCUCCAUGUCGAAAACAUUCUUCCUUUGCAUCUCCUAGUUCAAUCCGGUAAGCCAAAUUUAUGAUAUGAUUCAUUUGAACCAACUCUUUUCUUUUUCUCUAAAAAAAUGUGUUGUGAGAAUUUAUUCGCUUAGUUAGAAUACUAGGUUGUUUGUGGUCGCGCGCAGUUUGUAUUUCUAAUUUAUUUUAUAGAUAUAUUUUUAUAUUGAAUCUUUCAUAAUGGAAUAUAAGUUGUACCCCGUCCAUUUCAAUUUGUAGAUCGUUUUAAAUUUGA